AAACAAAACAAUUGUCUGAAAGCAAGUUUUUAUUUUAUUUAAUAAUUAGGUUGCUAACCAUCGAGCCACAGAAAACCAAAAUUGGAAAUUAAAUUCGUUUUUAUACCUCAGUUUUAAUUUAUGUUUUUUUUCCGGGCUUCAGAAUCAAUCUGAGUGCCUGCUGUUGUACUUUCACCGAGCAGCACCAGCCGCAGCGGCAGUAGCAUUGGCAGUCCGGCAGUGAGACACAUGUCACAACAGUCUGUGAGCCGAAACACAUUUACGCUCAAGCCGAGAGAAGAAACUUAAACAAAAUGUCUCGGCACAGAAAUGUUCGAGGUUAUAACUACGAUGAAGACUUUGACGAUGAUGACGUGUAUGGACAGUCUGUGGAUGAUGACUACUGCAUAUCACCAGCAACAGCAAAUCAGUUCAUCUACUCACGUCAAGAGAGGCAAGCACCAAGGGAGCAGCCGUUGGAAGAGGAAGAAUAUGAAGAUGACGUACCCAUGUCCCCUACCGUCAGCCUCAACCUAGACCCUCUUGAUCAAGCCAAACUGUUUUCCUGUCUGGACCAUAUGCGGACUGUGUUGGGAGAUGCAGUGCAAGACUCAGUCCUGACCCAGGCAGCCAUAAGCUGUGGAUUUGACCCACAGAAGGCCUUGGAUGCAGUCCUCUCUGAAGAUGCUAAGACAGCCCCGGUUACCAAAAGCACCAAUGAGGAGACAGCUUCAGCCGCAAUAGCAAGCCAGGAGAAAGCGCCGCUUCCACAAAGAAUCAAGAAAGAGGCCGUCGCUGAGAAAGGAGCCCACACAGACAUUACAUCCAAUGCACACAAACCCCAGACUGAUUGUCUCAAACAAACGCAUGCGCAAGCAAGUGCUUUGCGUGACCUCAUACCGCAAUAUAAGGCUGACCCUGUGGUUAGCAGCUCUGUAAAUCUAAAUGUUAUCAAUCAAAACGGGGGUUCAGGUAUUGCCAGUCUGGCACAACUUAUGUCUGAGCAUGAGCAGAAGAGUAAGGCGACAGGAGUAGGUGACGCAGGGCGAGGUUUUGGAAUUCCCUCAUUAGGUGCUCUCGCCAUCAGACAUAAUUCACCUCCGUCAAUUAUGUCCAAUCAGAAGGGUCUUUCAUUGGGAACACUGGCAUCUUUAAACAUGACUUCAGCAUCUCAAGGCCCAGCUCCAUCCCUCCUCUCAGUUUCCCUCAGUAGUAUGUCGCUAAUCAACCCCAAGAUAACAACUGCAAGCUCUUCUCUGGCGGCUCCUCCUGGGUUUGGGAGUCUAAGUUCUGUCCUCUUGAGCAAUCAGCCCUCAGUGGGAGUUGCGAUUGGAGGCCAAGCCAAACAGGCUGAUCCUAAGGGAAGCCCAUCCUUGGCUGAUUUAAUCCAGGAAUAUUCAAACCGCAGCCCGACCCUCAGUAACUCCUUUCCUACUCCCCUGAGCUGCGUAACUUCUGCGACGUGUCAGGAGAUGGCUGCAUCAACACAACUAUCCCUGUCUGGGCUCGCUUCACAGCACCAAAACAAAGAUACGCUCAUUCAAUCGCAGUCGCAGAGCACUAAAAAAACAGCAAACACUCUCCCCUUUCCUAAACAAACCAACAAUACUCCUGCAGGCCUUGUUUCUGGGACUGUGUCAAUGUCUCAGCUAGCACUGCAGCAUCAAACCAACAGUUCCUUUGUUUCCCCUCAACCCUUCAGCGGUGAAUCUCCAGCAAAUGCACUGAAACACCCACCUGGCAUCUCUGAGCUGCCCUCUUUGACACAUUUGGCGACUGAACACAAAGGCAAAACCUCAACCACCUCAAAUGGGUCACAGUACCCCCUCAGCUCUCUCCUUUCACCAGAGAGGGCUGGUGUGUUAGCAGAAAGUACUGCAGAGGGUGGGACCAGGCAUAAGGUCGACCACAAACCAUACCACCAAAGCGUCAGGCCACCUAAGAUGAAGCAUGCUAUUGAUUUGAGUGCUCUCAUGGCCCAGUCGGAUGGAGCAAGCCCUCGUCACUUCGACAGCGACCCCCCUUCACCUUCUUCUCCAAAUUCUGUUGCCACAGGACUGGAUCCUUCAGUUUUUGCACAACCAUCAGUAUUUGCGAUCACUUUGUCGAUUCCAGGCCGCAGAAAACGGAAGAGGAUGAUUAAUAUAUCCAAGGGAGGAAUACGAGUUCAGAGGACAGGGAGUGGUUACCAGGCCUUCCUGUGUGAAUCACAGGACAAAUCCGAGGAGCCGCACUCACCACUCUCGCCAAUUGUACCAUUCGGCUUCGAAUCGCCUUCACCUGACGACGUUGUCCGUGCUAAUCAUACAAAAGCUUUCACCAGGUAGAGGAGAGGAGGAAAUGAAAAGCACUUCAGUCUCCAGGUUGGUGCUAAAUUGACUCGUACUGGGAUGAGAACUGUUUUUUGGCAGUUCCUCCACCAACGGAACUAAACCCAACGUUUUAACGGUGUCCCACUAUUAGUGGUGUUGUUUAAAGAAACGUUUGGGACCAACAAUACAACGGAACUCGCUGCCGAUCACUGCCUCAUAGAUACAGUAUUACUAAAGAGCCAAUGUAUUUCUUUUUUUAAAGAUUCAAACGACAAGUCUGACUGCUUGAAGAACAACAAUAGUCUUUUAAGUCAAGCAGGAUAAACCACUCCUUGGCAUUUUGUUUCUAAAUACUAUUAGUAUUUUUUAAACUUUUAAAAUUUGAGUCUUAUUUUUCUACGCUUAUAUGGCAGUUGGCUUUUUUAUCAAUUGUUUUUGUGGAAAGUAGUUUAUUCUUAGCCAGGGAGAAUGUGCAUCUCUUACUGCACGGCCUCUUUUCUAGUUUUGAUCUGCAUGAACCCUCAAAAGAGAAAAAGAGGUUCAUUUAGUUUGCAGGUGUGCUGCAGCUAUUGGAAUAUGGAUCAGUUAACCAUUGUUCUGGUUUACUGCUGCCUGUGUUUUAGAUCAUGGGGUAGACAUUUUGGUUUGGAGAACACCUGGAGAUUUUCCCAUGGGGUUGCGAGAACAAACACAUGCACGUGCAUGCACACACAACACCACAGAUACACACACAGACAAGUGAACACUUUUAAUUUUUGACAUUGAAGCAAUACGUUUACUUUGAAUGGAAGCGGUGUCAUAUAAGAGUGCAGUGAAUGGAAAAUGAAUGACUUGACUGCUGAGGUGAAAGAGGUUUUACCUGCUCUUAGAACAAGCUUUUAAUAUUACCAUGUACAAAUGAGUUUAUUUUACACUGGGUGUGUCAUGACACUCUGCCAGAGGAUUUGUAAAUUUUGAAAUAAAGAUGACUGAUUGUACAUGCUCUGAAAGCACCUGUC